CAGCUCUCUGAACGCAGGACUCCCGUGUUUAUGCUCGCUCACUCUUGGUUUCCCAUGGCACACGGUAGUCACUCAAUAAAUGUUCCUCUAAAAGCUGAGUGGCUGAAUGAAAACACCAGCAACACCGUGUCCCCAGUGUCCCUUAGUUUGGAGGUCUCUUCAGAGGUAGCAUCUCUGUAGGGAGCGGCAUCAGUGCUGGAAAUACCGGGAUCCAUGUGGCGCUGCUGAAUGAGGUGCCAGGCUAGAGGAAGCCAAGCAACUCCAAGAGGCCCAGGAUGGCGAAAUGAUAAAUAAAGAUGGGACCUCCUAGAUCAAAUCAGCAAAGCCUCCAGUCCUCCAGGUAGCUGAGUAGAGGAGAACUCAGCAUAGCCCGAACCCUGACCACUUGGGCUCUUCACAAGGCGCUCUCCUCCGUCCUCUCCCCCCAACCCCCUGCGAGCACAGACCGCACAGACCGUUAGGGGCCUACCCCACACUGCCCUAGAAUCCACACAUCUAUGCCCUACCCGGAACCCUUCUCUGUUUACACAGACCCCUAACCGUGCCUAGCCACGCCCACUGGCCCUGGCAGGGGCUGAGUCUGGGGCCUUCACGUGCACUCUCUGCCGGUUGCUCCGGCCACAGCCCCACCCAAUCAGGCUCGGUUGCCCUGGAGAGGGCAGUCGCAAGAGUCGCUUGGCUGACUGGAGAUCCUCAGAGGGAGCCCACAGAGUUUCAUUUUGCCUCUCACUCGGAGGGGUCCAAAACCACCGCUAUGUCAAGUGAGCCAAGCGCUACAGGGGCCUCACCCAGGACACCGCGUCCUGGGACCCAAAAGUCAUCUGGUGCAGUAACCAAGAAGGGGGAUCGGGCUGCGAAAGAUAAGGCAGCAAGUGUCCUGCCCCCGGUGGGUGAGGAAGAGUCAAAAAAUCCUGAGGAGUACCAGUGCACUGGGGUCCUGGAGACGGACUUCGCCGAGCUCUGCGCACGGUCAGGAUACACGGACUUUCCCAAAGUUGUCACCCGGCCACGGCCCCAACAGAGCUUUGUCCCUUCCGCCUCCAUGUCAGAAAAGCCCGUCCAAGAUGACCAGAGGCUGUCGGCAUCCUGCAGCCAGAACAGCCUAGAGAGCAAGUAUGUGUUUUUUCGGCCCACCAUCCAAGUGGAGCUGGAGCAGGAGGACAGCAAGGCAGUGAAAGAGAUCUACAUUCGAGGUUGGAAAAUUGAAGAACGGAUUCUGGGUAUUUUCUCCAAAUGUCUGCCCCCCCUCAGCCAGCUGCAGGCCAUCAACUUGUGGAAGGUGGGACUGACUGAAAAGACCCUGACCGCUUUCAUCGCCCUUUUGCCUCUUUGUUCACCCACACUCAGGAAGGUAUCUCUGGAGGGGAACCCCAUACCAGAGCAGUCCUUUAACAAGCUAAUGGGACUGGACAGCACGAUCGUUCACUUGUCUCUGAGGAACAACAACAUCAACGACCACGGGGCACAUCUCCUGGGCCAGGCACUGUCCACACUGCACAGCAGCAACCGGACCCUUGUUUCACUGAACCUGGCAUUCAACCACAUCGGGGAUGAGGGAGCCGGCUACAUUGCGGAUGGCCUGAGGCUGAACCGCUCUCUCCUCUGGCUGUCCCUAGCGCACAACCACAUUCAAGACAAGGGAGCCCUGAAGCUGGCCGAGGUCCUGCGCCCCUUUGAGCUGACCCACAGGGAGGUAGUGGAGCGGCGCCGCCUGCUGCUGGUGAAAGGAACGCAGGAGCGGUCUCGAUCGCCUUCCUCCUCCCGACACGGGGACUCCAAAACAGACCGAGAUAAGUCUCAGAAUCUGGGGAUCAGCAACGUUACUUUGGUGGACAAGGCAGAAAAGAUGCAGUCAAUGAAAGCCCCUCGGACCAUAGGCAAGAAAAAGGAGAAGUCAGGGGAAGUUGUAAAGAAGGAAGAGAAGUUGGGACCUGGGCAGUCACCCACACAAGGAACCCCUAAGAAAGAAGAUGCCCCAAAGGCAGGCAAGGGGAAGGUGACCAUUCCUGAGCAGAAGAUAAGCAAGGGCAAAGCGAUGAAGACGGGGGCCAAAGAGAAGCGCAGCAUCCUCCUGGAGUCAGAACAGCUGGUUGUUGAAGCUACAGAGAUGGUUAACCCUCUCCUGGAGCCCGUGGAACACCGAGAUGGGAAGGUCUUCUUGCCUGGGAACAAGGUCCUCUUGCACCUCAACCUCCUCCGAAACCAAAUCACAGAGGUGGGGCUGGAAGGCUUCCUCACCGCUGUGCAAUACCAGGUUCAGGUCUCCAAGUCCAAGACUUCACCCAAGGCCCCCCUGGGUCUGCUGUGGCUGUCCUUGGCAAAAAACUGCUUUGACCCACAGUGUCCAACACACAUCAUGAUUCAAGAACUGAUGUUGCCAAGGGACCCUGUGAAGGCCAAGGUCAGGGAGGAGGAGGCCACAGCUACCUAGGCCUCCUACAGGCAGCCGCUGUCUCCUUGGGAAAGUAUCCUGGACCAGUAACAUAGUCUCUUGCUGUGCUGUUCUUUGACAAUCACUCCAGAAC